AUGCAUCUGAAUCACGUCCUGCUCGCGACAGCCAUUGCUUUGUUCGUAAACAAUGAAGGUGUUGUCACGGCUGGGAACUCGGAGAGUCUUUACAACCACGAUGGUCAAAUCGCUCAAGAAGGACAAGGCGACGAUGACAGCUCUGCCCUCGAUCCCGACCGAGCAGCUGUGAUCGCAGCCAAGACCCCAAGUACCAAGAGUGGCAUAAUGCUCGCUCCUGACUCGAGCCUCGAUGACGAUAGCGAGCUUGUAGCAAGCGACGAUGAUGACAGUGAGUCGAGUGAGUGGACCAGCUCCAGCGGCUCUAAUGAUGGCCUGGACGGUCUCUUUGGUCAAGGCAGCAACAGCCUCGAUCUCGAUUUUGACCCAACCUUUUUGAUUGCGGGGAAGACCCCCACGACGAAGGAGGGUGUGAUGGCUGCUUCUGACUCCGCUAGCGGCGAUGACGAUGACGACAUGGAGAUCUGGUCAGGCUCAAGCGAUGACGACAGUGAGUCGAGUGAGUGGACCAGCUCCAGUGGCUCUAUUGAUGACCUGGGCGGUUUUGUUGGUCAAGGCAGCAUCAGCCUCGAUCUCGACUUUGAUCCCACCCUUUUGAUUGCGGGGAAGACCCCCACGACGAAGAAAGGUGUGAUGGCUGCUUCUGACUCUGCUAGCGGCGAUGACGAUGACGACAUGGAGAUCUGGUCAGGCUUAAGUGACGAAGACAGCGGUUCGUUCGAGAUGAGCGGCAGCAGCGAUCAAGAUGACUUGUUUUCAGUGGAUGGCAGUGGAUUCGAUGACUUCCUGAAGGCCCUCGGAUUGUCUUCGGGUAGCCUGGACUUCGACGUCGGCAGCGGCUCGCUAGACUCAAAGAAGGCUCCGAAGAAGACGAAGUAUGCCAGUUCAUCCGCUUCGGCCAGCAGUGAAACGAUCGACUUUGACGACUUCUUUGCGGACAUGAAAGGUUCAGGCCUUGGUGGCGGCUUGGGUGGCCUGAUGAUGCCUCCUGCCCCAGAUGCAUCGACCGCUGCCGGUAGCUCAAGCGCUUCGGGCAGCGGUAAAGUUACCCCUGAGUGUAAGGAAGGUUGGUGGAGCAAGACCAAGGCGUGGUUUGGCAGCUGGAUAAAGGUGACCACGGACAAGGAUUGCCCACCUGCUUCUGCCCCUGCCCCACAUACGCGCAAACUCCGUGAGGAGUAG